UUUUCACAAGUAAACUGAUGUCAGCGUUGUGUUAGAAAAUAGUUUUUAUUGUGUUAUUUUAAGUGAUUUCUUGAACAUUUCCUCAUCUUAUUCUCUGACAUUAUUAUUUUUGAGGCGUAAAUCGUCUUAUGUUUAUUCGGUGACACGUAAUUUAGGUGUGUUUCUGAAAUGACAAUGGCGAAUAACAGGAUACCAUCGGGACCCAAUACGCCUGGCAGUCAGCAAACGCCUACACAGCAAGGAAUAAAAAUAUUCAUACAAAGAGAUUAUUCUGAAGGGACUGCUGUUAAGUUUCAAACAAGGUUUCCUCCUGAGCUAGAAGACAGAAUAGACAGACAAACAUUUGAAUACACAAUGGAGAGAUUAAAUGAACACUUUGAAAUGGCUGAGACAGCGGACUGCAGUACAUACUGUGAAGGAUGUCUUGCCUGUCUCACCGCUUAUUUUAUUUACAUAUGCACGGAGACACAUUACGAAAAGCAUCUUCGAAAAAUAUCGAAGUUCAUAGCGACGCAGAACGAAAGAGUGUACAAUCCUCGAGGAAUUCACAUAACCGAUCCAAUACUUAGGGGCCUCCGAGUUAUAGAAAUAACGAUAAUAGAUUUACCAAACUGCCAGAGCCCCACCGGUAAUUCAAAUAAUACACAAAUGAGGCACACUUGACCACCACACGAAAACCGGGAGUUCUUCAUGUAACAGUCAAGGUACUGGUUUUAAACCAUUAACUAUUUUUAAACUAACAUUGGUAACCUUAGAAUAUUGGGCACAACAUUCAAACACGCUACAAGUUAUUCCAAGUGUGUUAAGUUUAAGUACACAUGUUAUUAAGUUAUAUUGUCUCUUGAAGUUAUUUUGAUCCAAACAUUUAACCUGGCUGACUUCAAUAAGUUUUGGUGUAUGUACAGUGAGGUUAGUUGGCGCUAUUUCAUUUUCAAUAGUGCCUCACUCCAUAUUUCCGUUUGUUUUUGAACUAAAAUACAUUUUUUCUUCAGAAACUAAUUGCUAUUAAUAUUUUGAUCAAACUAAAAACGCAAUCACCUCACUGUAUCUCUAUUAUUUGCAAUAUAUAUGCUGUUUUUUAAUGUCCCUUUUAAAGUGGAAUACCGCCAAUGUCCCUGACUGUACAUACCUUAUUGACUUAUAUUCUUAACAGCUUGAGGGUCACUAUAAUUAGGGUUCCUCAGAGUUUUUGUAAUGAUAAUGAUGUCAGUUUUGGUUUAAAGUUCACUGUGUACUAUGGAGUUUGAAUUUAUUUUAGUAUUUUUUCCGAUGACUUUCCACUUUCAAAACAAUUAUAUAUUGUUGUAUAUUAAUUUUUCAAAGGGAAAGAUGGUAAUGAUUAUUUGUUUUUGUAGUGGAAAUGAACUGUUAUUUAAGUUACACAUUCCUAAUCCAGAAUAACUGUAAUAUAAGAAAUUAUACAGACAAUUGGUUUCUGAGACCAAAAUCUCUGUAUAAAACAUAUCCUCAUUCCUGUCUUUGACAACACAGACGUGACAAUGUUUUAAACUGGGAUGGGACUCAGAAACCCACAGUUGCUCAUAAGACUAUUUUCUUCCCGGGCUAAAUAUUUUGGACAUUGGGAUAUGGAUAUAAAAAGGAUAUUGGAAUUAAUUAUUAAGUGUAUUUAAAAAAACAUUGAAUUGUAAAAUAUGUGUUCCCUAAUAUUGUAGUUUGGUGGUUUAAAUACCAGUAUUGAUAUGAAAGAACUCCUGAGCCAAAUUAUAUUCCAUUAUCAAUGGAAUUAAUUGAUAAUUAAAAAAAAUGUGAAAUAUUUUAUAAAAAUAUAUUCAUUGAUUACGAGUGGAAAUAUAUAAGAUAGGAUUUGUUUGGCAAUGGUUGUAGUAGGUUUUGACGUUUUAAAAGUACAGUCGCACCCUGAUAAUCGCGAGUCCAAAGGAAAGCUAUAUUUGUCACUUUUAUACAGGAUUCUCUCUAACCCGAGUUUCUUGGAGUUUCUCCAUUAGUACUGGACAAUGGCUUAUAAAGAUUUCUUGCUUAUCCAGGUUGCUCUGUGUUUUUGAAUUACUUUCUAAAUAAUCUAACCUAUAUCUUAGCUUUUGUACAGAGAUAAACAUGCAAAUUUUACAUUAUUACAAGUCCGAGAAAUCUGAAAUGCACUACGAGGGUUCUAGUGUGUGCUUACAUCUUUCCAGUUGUAAUCCAGUGCUGGGUUUGAAUGCUGGACUUGAUUAGUAUACUGGAUAAUAUAUAAUAUGAAGAAUAGAACAAGAAAUAAGAUUGUU